AUGUCGGCAUCAGCACUUCUCAAGAGUCGUGUACGACGCCCGAGCUACCUCAAGAAGCUUGCAAAAGCUGAGGACCUGAUGCACCAUUUCCCUAAUGGCAGCUACAUUGGUUGGUCAGGUUUCACUGGAGUUGGAUAUCCCAAGAAGGUACCCACGGCUAUGGCUGAUCAUGUCGAGAAGAAUGGUCUCCAAGGUCAACUCAAGUACAACUUAUUCGUUGGCGCUUCCUCUGGUGCUGAGACAGAAAAUCGAUGGGCCAAGCUCAAUAUGAUUGAGCGUCGUGCUCCUCAUCAAGUCGGUAAAGAGAUCGCCAAGGGUAUCAACAACGGCAAUAUCAAGUUCUUCGACAAGCACCUGAGCAUGUUUCCUGUGGACCUCAUGUACGGCUUCUACACAAGGGAGAAGGCAAACAACCGUUUGGAUGUCGCUAUCGUCGAAGCUAGUGCCAUCACCGAAGAUGGUGGCGUAAUCCCAGGUGCUUCAGUUGGCGCGUCUCCUGAAAUUGUCCAAAUGGCGGACAAGAUCAUCAUUGAGGUCAACACUGCUGCCCCUUCGUUUGAGGGUCUUCACGAUAUCACCAUGACUGAUCUUCCUCCUCGUCGCAAACCUUACUUGAUCAUGGCUCCUGAGGACCGUGUUGGCACUCCGCAUAUCCCUAUUGAUCCUGAACGUGUUGUCGCUAUUGUCGAGUCGGACUACCCUGACCAAACUCAACCCAAUGCCCCUGAGGAUGAAACUAGCAGAGCUAUCGCCAGAAAUCUCAUCGAGUUCUUGAAGUACGAGGUUAGUAAAGGACGUCUGCCAGAGACCCUUCUACCACUGCAAUCUGGCAUUGGCAACAUUGCCAACGCUGUCAUUGGUGGUCUCGCCGGAGGUGGUGCGGACUUCAAAAACCUCAAGGUCUGGACAGAAGUACUUCAGGAUUCCUUCCUUGAUCUGUUCGAUUCAGGCAACCUUGACUUCGCAACUGCUACCUCGAUUCGUUUCUCUCCUGACGGGUUCAAACGCUUCUACGACAACUGGGAGCGAUACUAUCCCAAGCUUCUGCUCCGUAGUCAGGCAGUCUCUAACUCACCUGAGGUAAUCCGCCGUCUCGGUGUGAUUGGCAUGAACACUCCUGUGGAGGUCGAUAUCUACGCCCAUGCCAACAGCACUUGCGUCCUGGGCUCACGCAUGUUGAACGGUCUAGGUGGAAGUGCCGACUUCCUGCGUUCAGCCAAAUACUCCAUCAUGCACACACCCUCCACUCGCCCCAGCAAGACCGACCCCACAGGAGUCUCUUGCAUCGUCCCCAUGUGCACCCACGUAGACCAGACUGAACACGAUCUAGACGUUAUUGUUACAGAGCAAGGCUUCGCCGAUGUGCGUGGAUUGUCUCCUCGCGAGCGUGCCCGUGUCAUCAUCAAAAAGUGUGCUCAUCCUGAUUAUGUACCGAUCCUUGAGGAUUACUUCAACAAGGCUGAGUUUGAGUGUUUGCGCAAGGGUAUGGGUCAUGAGCCUCAUAUGUUGUUCAACUCGUUUGACAUGCACAAGCAUCUUGUUGAACAUGGGACUAUGAAGCUUGAUAAGUGGACUUGGUACGGUUGA